AUGGCAGCAUCACCUCCUGGCAUCACCGCAAAGGAAACCGACGACCGGAGCCUAGCUACUGCCACGACCGAGUCAGAUUUAGAUGCCCUUGUGGGCUACAAAUUCCCUCAUGCAUGCAAAGAAAUCUCAGCAUGUCGUAUCUGUCGAGACAACUUCCGCGAUACAGCUUGCUACGCGAGUUUGCGAGCGACUGGAAAUGCACCAUUAAUUGCAAGAUUUUUAACGUACACACAGACGCUGUCCAAAGAUGAAGGCCGCUCUGUCAUCGCAGCGUCCAGGACUGGCAUUGAUGGCAGAUACAGGAACAUCUGUAACGAGGUCUCCACCAAGGGCGACAAGAUCAUGGCUCGUUGGUCCAGAUUCAAUGCUGCUCGGCGCUCCACAGUGCUACGAGCAGCACUACCCGACAACUUUCCGGACGACAAGUGGGCGCAUCUGUGUGCUUACUUCACGCGCGGCCCGCAAUCUCCUGUCUCCAUGCGAGACAAACAUCGUCACAAGUUCUUGCUGCCGUUCUUGGAUCUGAAAGAUAUGGCCAGCGAUCCUGCGAAGCUGCUGCAGCUGCUCGAAAUGCGGACGCAGUAUCCACCAGCCCAGCAUGCAUGGAACGAUCACCAGACAACAGCUUUCGGACGCAAUAGUGGCAUGCUCGCUAUGCGGAUGUCAGAUGUCAUGAUCUCGACACAGCAGGCGUCAUAUGGUCAAAGUGUUGGGUUCGAACACGAAGCGUUCCAUAGAUGGGAGACCAUCGGCUUUCCGACAGCUGAGAUACUCUUUGAGGCGCAACAACACCUCUAUGAUUUCCUCGCAAAGGUUACGGCAGGCAUCCUCAAAGGAGCUACUGGUCCGGCCACAGGCUGCACAGCAUGGCUUACAGCUGCCGCUGGUGCAUUUGCUAGCUAUGCGUCAAGAAACGGCCAAGACGAUGUCGGAUUGUUCUAUGUGCCUGUCCAGCAUUUCAAGCCGCUGCCUACGUUCGACAUUCAACAUAUUGUACCCGCUUACGAUACCGUUGCCAGCAUUGUUCAAGCGCAGUACUGCUCGCAGCAGGAUGAUAACAACAAAUGGGCAGCGGCAGCUCACGAGCUGACUCAGCCAUUGGUAGAAAGAGCCAAGGUGUGGGACACGAUUGAGGUUCUUGGUGCGUGCAUACAGCAGGUUCUUCGACAGCAAUCAUCUGCCUGCGAGGCAGGUCAGACGAAGCUGGCCGGAGAACUGGAAGGGGCGAUAUGUCAUACCCAUGACACUAUUCGGGUCUUUUUGGAGGAGGAAUAUCCGAGGCUGAUGCGUAGGGUUCUGUUGACAGACGCCGUCUUCGAUGAUGUUCGCCGCAGCAACCCCAGGGUCAUGUCGGUGCAGGAUGAUAAGCAGAAGCUCGGGAUCCUUCAGCUUCAAGCCUUCGAAUCGCAACGUUUGCUCUGGGCUUUGAUGGAGAUUCACAACGACUCUACCUCGCCGUAUACUCCUGGAGCAGAGACUGCCCUGGCGUACUUAGAAGACAUGCUUGCAGCAGGUGACGUCAAGUCAGGCACAGAGGCUGUCAGAACUCCCGAGCUUGGGAUGUUAUGA